AUGGGCAGGUCGUUCGCUGGGCUGGAUGAUGUUGUCAUGCCAAUCAAAACUAUCGCAACGAUCCUCAAUCUGCUGGGCAGCCCUACGGAAGAUAAUGCGUCGAGCGAAACCGUCGACAAGUUUGCCGACAUGGACAUAACAUGGACCCUAGACUCGCUGCACGGGUUUUGUCGCCGACCCACGCCACAUCAGUAUGGGUUUGAUAGGAAGUUCUCUUACACGGUUGGAACUUCUUCGGACUGCUGGAUGUAUCUCCACUUUAUAUCUCACUUUUACCGUGCUACUGAGGAUAUUGAGCCUGAGACCAAUCAGAUGGAGGUAUCAGGCAUGGAAAUCGCCCGUGGCCGCUUCACCAUCCCCAUCGAGCUGCGCGGCGUCAAAAGCAGCAUAACGUUCACGGAGCAUCGCAAGUGGACGGGCAUGAGAGUUGCCACCAACUACAAUGGCAAAACUCCAGAUGCAUCGCCCUCGGCAGUUGCAGUCUCUGUGUCAGACUGGGGCCAUAGUCGGCUCGAAAUUACUGAGCAGGCGUGGAGACAACGAGGUCUGCAAUCCGCUGAGCAGGGUGCAGGGAUCGCUCUAUUUCAGAUGCUCUUAUUGAGCCAUCUUGACGCUUGGCAAAGGAACUGGAACAUGACCUUGGAUGAGAUUGACAACACGUUCAAGGUAAAGCUGUCCUGUCAGAACGACAUCGAUCAGCUGAAUGAGCUUGUCACCCAACACUGCACCCCGUCCGCCAUUACGUGCUCCCGCCUCGUUCUGCUUCUCAUGGGCUUCAUGAACCAUAUUGACAUGGUUGCCGACUCCUUGAAGGACAUGCGGGAUGAGUGGGCAAGGACAUAUCCUGGUCAGGAUACGGAACGGCUUGAGAGGUUCGAUGUCAAGACCCAAGAAAUCCUCCUGAAGAACUGGGAGGCCGUUAUGUCAUGUCUCGGGGCUAAGAGGGACCUCCUCAUGGCUCGCAUCCGGCGAUCUGUCGAUGACCUUAGACUGAUUCGUGAAGGACUGUCGACCUCUUCCGACGCGAGCGUGUGA